AAAUGAUGCAACCAGCCAUGACUUACGGUCAUGGUGGUCCUGUGGCGGUUCAAAUGCAAACACCUGGUGGUCUAGUUGCAAUGGAAACUGACUCCCAGGUUCCCUGUGGUUUAGCUGCGGUGGAAACUGACUCACAGGUUCCACAAGGAGGCCAGCCUCAAAUGUUCAUGGUGCCUGCAUCUGGAGCUAUGGGAGGUCAGCCACAGGUGAUGCAGUUUCCUCCUGUAUCUGAAGCCAUGCCCGCAGCUCCCUUGUAUCAGAGAAUGGAAAUGGCCGAGUCCGCGGGACACGGAAAGUACAUGACUCUAAACAACGAGCAGGAUGUGUGAAGAAGUUGGCUGAGUGCAGAGAUCAUCCAGAAGGAUAUCAUAAGAGAACAAAAACCACAAAAACCAUGUCUUCUUGCACUUAGUCAUCACCAGGGGUGGAUCCAGGAAUACUUCAUAAAAGAGGAGGAGACAAAAUUUGAUAAAAAAAGAUAGUUUUUUUGUACUGUAAAUAAACUAAUUACAAUCUCUUGCUCAUGCUGAGUAGUUUGGUGUCAAACCUACAGUUAGCAAAAUCUCAUAGGUUUGGUGGGUAGGGAUCCGCCUCUUAGUCUGCUUUUUUCUUUUGGUUUGUAUUAAAUGAUAGCUGAAAAAAAAAUGACUAAAGUUAAAUAACUUUUGA